AUGCCUACAGAUCUUUGGGAAUCCAUGGCAGUCUCAAAGAGCCGUUUGAGAAUGGCUCAGAGCUACCCAAAGGUACCCGGACCUUCCUCCAGACCGAAAAUUCUCACAUUAAACACUAAAUACAUUUCAAUCCAUACUAACACAUCUAUCAGGCUGGAAAAGCUAGGUGAAGGCACUUACGCCACAGUUUACAAGGGCAGAAACAGAACUCUAGGAACCCUUGUCGCUCUCAAAGAGAUCAACCUGGACUCCGAAGAGGGGACUCCGUCCACGGCCAUCCGUGAGAUCUCUCUCAUGAAAGAGCUGAAACAUGAUAACAUUCUCACGCUUUACGACGUGAUCCACACAGAAAACAAGCUAACCUUGGUGUUUGAGUUCAUGGACAAGGAUCUGAAGCACUACAUGGACACGCAGGGGAACAAUGGAGCUCUUGAGCCCCCUGUGAUCAAGUCUUUUAUGUUCCAGUUACUCAAAGGUAUAGGAUUUUGCCACGACAAUAGAAUCCUGCACAGGGAUUUGAAACCACAGAAUCUACUAAUCAGCAACAAGGGCGAGCUCAAACUGGGUGACUUCGGACUUGCACGUGCCUUUGGAAUACCCGUCAAUACCUUCUCGAAUGAAGUGGUAACCCUGUGGUACCGUGCACCUGAUGUUUUGCUCGGUUCCAGAAACUACUCUACUUCCAUUGACAUGUGGUCUGCGGGAUGCAUUCUUGCCGAGAUGUUCACGGGGAAGCCACUAUUUCCAGGUGCAAACAACGAGGACCAGCUGCUCAAAAUAUUCACGUUGAUGGGAACUCCUAACGAAAGAACGUGGCCAGGAGUGAGCUCUUACCCCAACUUUCAACCUAACUACAACGUGUUUGCACCCCAGGAUCUUGGAUCUAUCAUAACGCAAAUCGACAGCACUGCGCUGAAUCUGCUCAACAGCCUGCUGAGGAUGCGGCCAGACGAGAGGAUACCGGCACGCAUGGCACUGCUUCAUCCGUGGUUUGAGGAAUACACCUCUGGAAAUCAGAGGGCGUAUUCACAACAAGAAUACCGCCAUUAA